UCAUUCUUGUUCUUGGGUGGAGAACGUUGCAUUUGUUAGUGUGCAAUAUGGAGGGUGAUACUCGUUGGGUCAUAAACCUUGGUAACAGCAUAUGUGGCGUCUCUCUCCUCGUUCUACCUUACUGUUUCUCACAAUGUGGAGUGUUGUUGGGUGGCUUGUUGCUGGUGUCUGCCGCUCUGAUGACACUAUGGUCCACACAGCUACUGGUUGACUGUAUAUAUGAAAAGAAAUCAAUAUCUUGCGAAGGGAUAGCAUUUGCACUUUACGGGAGAUAUGGCAAGCUUUUAUUGGAAGUUAGCUGUGCUUUGUUCAUGGUCGGAACAUGCUCCGCUUUCUUUGUGAUAAUAGCCGACCUUGCUCCAGUCGUGUUUGCUUGGGUAGCGUCAAUUCCUCCUGAUCUCCCUUACCUUAGGAUUCUUAUUCUCUUCUCUCUCGGAGUCUCCGUUAUUUUUCCACUCUCGCUCUUACGACAGCUAGAUUCUCUGAGUACCCUGAGUACAGCAUCGAUUGGUUUUUAUGCCUGGCUCACAAUCCAGUUGAUAGUCUAUGCCCUACAGAAGGUUGGCACAACAGAAAUUAGUUUAUGGAAGUCGGCAGGGAUACUCCACACUGUCCCUAUUUAUGCCAUGUCUCUCUCCUGCCACCUGCAAUUGGUUGCGAUCAUUAAAGAGAUUAUCGGUGAAAUACGCGAAGGAGACAUUGAGAGUCGUCUGAGGAUUAAAAGUAUCAUAGCACGGGCUAUCCUAAUGGUAUCAGUGGUGUACGGAUCGGCUGCAUUGUUUGGGCAUAUAGCAUUCUCUGGCAGUGGAGUUAAAGGAGAUGUCCUUGCUAAUUUUGAUGAUGGUCUAUUGGCUCAGUUAACUCGAAUAGGAUUUGUCCUUUCCGUUGUUGUUAGCUUUCCGUUCAUGGUUAAUCCUUGUAGAUCCACUGUUUAUUCUUUUCUCUAUGGAAAAACAGAAAAUUAUAUUUCGAACCCGAAACAUUUUUAUAUCACUCUUGCCAUCAUUACUACGUCUUUUCUUGUGGCAGUCUUCACCCCAAACAUUGAGUUGGUUUUGGCUCUGACUGGUUCAGUGUUAGGCGCAAUUAUUUGUUUCAUAUUUCCUUCGCUAUCUUAUCUUUAUGCUAUAAAAGAAAAGAAUGAAAACACACACAAAGCAUUGGUGGUUCUAUUAGUCGGGAUGGUAUUAUUGUUUGGUGGUACUAUUUCUGCUCUGAUGCCUAAAGCUUCUUCCUCGUCGCUACAAGGAGAGCAUAAUGUGAUUGAGGAACUGGGCAUGAAGCCAGUCGUACCACCUGCUGAAGACUUGAUAGGAAAAGGGAAGGAUGCCAUUCUACCUCAUGAUGAUCCUGUAGUACCUGUUGCUCCUGUUGGUGAGAACCUCAAAGAGACUCUGAAACAUGAAAAGGACUCGCUUGAGGAUAAUGUUAAGAAUGAGAAACCUUUCAAGCCGCUAAGAGUCCUUGCCAGUGAGAAGAACACUCCAACAGAGCGAGGGUUGAAAAAUAAAUCAAACGAGAAGCUAUCACCCCCUGAGGGCCAGAAACCUUUACCGGACCCACCGGCAGAGGCCAUAUCAGAUAAUAAAGGUGGUGGAGAACCAGCUCAGACUGUACAGGAACCAGUAAAGAGUGCUCAGGAACCAGUGAAGAAUGUACAGGAACCAGUGAAGAAUGUACAGGAACCAGCACAGAAUGUACAGGAACCAGCGAAGAAUGUACAAGAACCAGCACAGAAUGUACAGGAACCAGCGAAGAAGCCACAAGACGAAAUACCAAAUGUUCAAGAACCAGUAAAAAGUGUACCAGAUCCAGUGAAAGAUCCUGCACAAGAAUCAGUUCAAAGUGAGCAAGAUGGAGGACAGAAUGUCAAAGAGAAUAAAAGUGGAGAAGAUGGACUGGGACAGUUACCGAAUGGAAAUUUAAACAAAGAGUCGUUAAAGAAAAGAAGUUUAAGUGAAGAGGAAGAGAAGCAACAAGAAAAAGAAACUAGACCUACCAAGCAAAAUAGUAAAUCAAGAAAAAAUGAUACAGCAAAUAUUGUAGAACAGAAAAACAAUACUUUAAAAGAUGCUGGAAAUACAUAAAGCAGAACAGUAUUAUUAUUAUUGUUUUUUUGCAAUCAUCAUUCUUAAUUAUUACAAUGAUUAUGAUUAUUCAUAAUUAUUUUACGGAGAAUUACGAAGUCACGCUUCCGUUUAUUAUUGAA